UCUGCUCUCGCGUUAAGUAGCCGAUCAUAUAACUGUUAAAACACAAGUCGGUUUAUUUUACAAAAAUUACACUGGCGCAGUAAUUCGACGAAAAUUCGAACUCUUCGCAUAUAAUAUAUCUUAAAUUAAAUAUUUUUAAAAUAAGUCAUUCUUAUAUUCGCUUAUAAAAUGAAUUCCUCCAUGCGUUUAUUCCAUCCCAUCGUUCGCGGUAUGGCAUCGCACACCGGAAGUAGAAAACCGGUCCUCUACGGUUACGCUAAAAGCUCCGCGUCGUGGCGUGUCCGCGCCGCAUUCGUGUAUAAAGGUAUCGAAUACGAGCAGAAAAUCUUCGAUCCCUACAGUGCCACCCAAGCGGAUGCGGAGGAGUACAAGUUAAAACUAAAUGCACUGCGGCAAGUGCCGACGCUGUUUAUCGAUGGGAAUAAAAUGACGCAGAGCGUGGCUAUACUGGAGUACAUUGAAGAGACCCGGCCGGAAAAGCCGCUACUUCCUAAAGAUCCGGUGAAGCGCGCCAAGGUCCGGCAGAUUGUGGAGAUUAUCAAUUCCGGCAUCCAGCCGCUGCAGAAUCCGCCGGUUGCGCAAAAGUACAGUGAUGAUGCGAAGAAGCAGCAGGAAUGGCAGGUGUAUUGGAUGGAAAGAGGUCUGGGCGUCUUGGAAAAAAUCCUGGUGGACAGCAGCGGAAAAUACUGCGUGGGCGACGACAUAACCUUUGCCGACUUGGCGUUAGUGCCGCAGAUGUUUUCGACGCGACGUUUCGGCGCGGACCUGAAUCGUGCUCCCACUUGUAAACGCAUUUUUGAAGAUUUGCUGAAACUGGACUAUUUCCAACGGACACAUCCAAAUAACCAGCCGGACACUCCUGAUGAAGAGAGGGGGAAAAAUUUAAAUUGAAAGUGAUUCGAUGUGCCGAUACAUCUUUUCAUACUAAAAUAUUCUUUUAUUAUACUCCUAUAGUCAGUAAUAUAGGAAGAAUCUUUUAUAUAUACAGAGACAUUACUUUGCCAACGAAAGCCUGCUUAACGGCAUACAUGAAUUCUUUUUUCGUCAACCGAAGCAGACUAUGCCGGGUCCACAAUUUAUUCCCGAAUCAGUAAUGUUUAUUUUUUAGUACUCGGCGAUCGUUUCUAAAUUUUCCAGCUUACUGCCGCAUUAAAGAACUUCGUUUACAAGCCGCACGCGCGCGACUAACAAUAAACUAGGCUUUAGAAAACAAAACUCUGUUAAAUAUUUUGCAUAUAUUUGAUUCAUGGGAAUUACUUUACGCCAAAUGUGCUGCCGCUUGAAAUAACCUAUUUUAAUUUUUAAUCGCGUUCAUGUAAAGCGGCAGUUUUGUAAAAGAAAACAUAUAGAAAAAUCUGUCCUGUAAAUUAUUUGAGCGAAAAUUGGGUUGAGCAUUAAACGAUUUGUCCGCGUUUGUCGUCCGGUGCGUCGGCUUGAUUGAACGGGUGACUUUGGCGGAAUGCUUCCACCUCCAACAAAUUGUUGUAGAUGCCAACGGCCAACGGGAAUUUGUUGAUAUCCGCACCGAAUCGUCGGGCGGCAAAAAUCUGCGGAGCCAGCGCACAAUCCGCUGCCGUGACCUCGUCGCCCACACAGUACUUGCCGCUGGUCUUCUCCAGAAUCUUCUCCAGUGCGGUCAGGCCUUUCUCGAUCCAGUACAC